AUUAUUUCUUGUCAUAUUGAAUCGAUAUUUUUGAACCACGGGGCCACCGUACGUGUGUGAGUGGUGGCUGGUGAUGCAUGAGCACUGAACGAGCAGAAAGACUUUACUGUCAAGAUGGCGACAUCCGAGCCGAAACCAGCUGAUAUUGAAGAGCCCCAACCUGAGAUUCCAGUGCUGCCGAGUUCUGAUGAGUAUAUCAAGCAUCCUUUGCAAAACAAAUGGGCACUAUGGUACUUCAAAAAUGACAAGAGCAAAAGCUGGACGGAGAACUUGCGUCUCAUCUCCAAGUUUGACACCGUAGAAGACUUCUGGGCAUUAUACAAUCACAUACAGCAACCGAGCAAACUGGGCUUUGGCUGUGAUUACUGCUUAUUUAAGGAUGGCAUCAAGCCAAUGUGGGAGGACGACCGGAACAAGCUGGGCGGCAGGUGGCUCAUGACCCUCAACAAACAGCAGAGACACAACGACCUGGACCGCUACUGGAUGGAGACGCUUUUGUGUUUGGUGGGCGAGUCAUUCGACGAGUCCAGUGAAGACGUGUGUGGAGCUGUGGUCAAUGUCAGACCCAAGGGGGAUAAAAUAGCAAUUUGGACCAGCAACUGCCAAAACAGGGAUGCCAUCGUAACGAUAGGGGCAGGGUACAAGGAGCGUCUGAGCCUUCCCAGCAAGCCCCUGAUCAGCUACCAGUCACACGACGACACAUCCAGCAAGAGUGGAUCCACCACCAAGAACAUGUAUUCUGUUUGAAGAAAUCCCCACUUCUCAACUCGCAGUAGAAUUAAUCAAAGAAUUACGACCCACAUCACCAAGUUUAUCAUACGGUCUGCUGUAAUGUCCUUUCUUUUAUUAUUAAACAAGACUUAUUGGUCAUAAUGGAUCGCAGCAUAAAGGAGCUUCCCCAGACCCAUGGCUAUUGUUUUUCUGGCCACAUUUUCACUACAAAUGGCGAGAAGGGAAUAAAAUAUCACUUUAUUUAGUGGAAGCUGUGAUGUGAGAUAAAGAGAAUGUUUGGCAAUGGAAGACUUUCUUGAUAACCCCUCCCUACCCCUUUACUUAUGGAUUGAAGAAAAAAAUAUAUCAAUUUAUUUUUAAACCUUUUUGUGUUGCGCUUUGACUUUUUUUUCUUUUCAAUUUUCAUGAGUCUUGCAUCAUUCACUAAAAAUUUUAAGGGUAAUUUUAACUGAAUUAAUCUGGAGAUGAUAAUGCAUGCUAUGCAACCCAGUCUCACGGAAAUAUGUGACGCUGUCAACUUGUCAAGUCAUUUAAUCUAUAAAUUUAAUUAUUAAGGAUUGACCUUUAUAAUAAAAUACUGUCACGUAUUUCUGUGAGACCGGGUUGUGCUAUGGGCUUGCAAGCAACUGCUGGCCUCAGGUCUUGGAGGCUUGUGAGGUCGCAGCGGUGGUCACUGAAUUCUGAUGUUUUGAAAUAAAAAAUAAAUAAAAAGCCCAAUUGAUGUUUCAGCCAUGCUGGACUUGUAGAAUAUGA